CCUGAAAGAGCAGUAAAACUUUUGUGUCAAACAGGACAGAAACAGACUCAAAACUAUAUCUGUAAAAUGGAGGCCUUCUUUGGAAAUUGGAAACUGGUCAGCAGUGUAAACUUUGAAGAAUACAUGAGAGCAAUAGGUUUGGCAGAAGAAGUAGUACAAAUCGGGAAUAUAGUUACACCAGUGUUGUCCAUUUACCAAGAUGGAGAGAAGUUAGUGAUGAAACUGAAGACCAGCGUCUUCAGCUCUGAAAAGUCAUUCGUACUGGGCGAGGAGUUUGACGACAAUUUUGCCGGCCAAAAAUACAGAUCUGUUAUUAACCUGGACGACGGCAAAUUAGUGGAAACACAGAAAUGGGAUGGUAAAACGACCAUCCAGACCCGCAAGAUCCAAGAUGGCAAGAUGAUCUUGACAAUGAGUUAUAAAGACACUGUGGCAGUGCGCACCUACGAGAAGAUGGCUGAUUGAAAUCUAAAACAAGCAGGAUUUUACACCUCAUCUGAUUGUGAUGACGCAUGAUCUGAAUGUGAUCUGCAAACGUUUUAUUAUUUUCUUUCCUGAUAGAUCACUGCAAAGCUGUCUUAGGCUCAAUAAGAAAUAAACCAAAAGGCCCGGUGUCUUUAAAUGGAAUACAGUUGACACUGAUGCAGCUGCUUUAAAACUAUAGUAUUGUUGGGCUCCAUUCACCAAUAUCAUCCAAAGUUUGUUCUUAAAUGUGACCUUCAUAAAGUCCUAAGAAAAAUUCUA